AUGUUUUUAGCAUCAAAAGGAUUUAAAAAGGAAGAUCUUAUUAUUGUUGCCCAAGAAAUUGGCGAAGUAUUACCUCAAAAAGCUACUGUAGCGGAUCUGAAAACGAUCAUUUUGAAAAGUAAAGAAUAUUUAGCUGAUCCAGAUUUUGUAACAAGUGUAUUGGUAGCUACUGUCAAUGAUCGACGACAAAAGGAGGAAUAUGAAGAAAAAGAGAGACAAAGAGAAUAUGAAGAAAAAGAGAGACAAAGAGAAUAUGAAGAAACAGAGAAACAAAGAGAAUAUGAAGAGAAACAAAGAGAAUAUGAAGAGAGAGAAAGUAUAAGAAAACAUGAACUGGAGUUGGCGAGAAUUCAAGCUACAUCGCAAAGAACCGGUGAGUCUCCGCCAAAUAUUAUUAGUGCCAGUGCCAGAAAGCAGUUUAAUUUGCCAAAAUUAGAACUUAGGCAAUUUAGUGGAGAUUUAAAAGAUUGGCUACCAUUUUGGGGACAAUUUGAACAAAUUAAUAACGAUACAGAUAUUGCCCCUGAAAACAAAUUUCAAUACCUGAUUCAGGCUACAACUGUUGGAUCUAGAGCUAGAGAAGUUGUAGAAAGCUUUCCUCCAACAGCUGCAAACUAUACCAAAGCAGUAGAUAGCCUCAAAGCCCGAUUUGGCAAGGAUGACCUUUUGGUCGAAGUUUAUGUUAGGGAAUUGUUGAAGCUCAUAGUUUCCGUUCAAAAGCAUGAAAAGAUAUCUAUGACGUCCCUUUAUGACAAACUAGAGUCAUAUCUUAGAGCUUUAGAAACGUUAGGUGUUACGACCGAGAAAUGCGCUUCAAUACUAUUCCCUAUGGUAGAAUCUUGUUUCCAAGAAGAGUUUCUAAAAGCCUGGAACCGAAGUUCUUCCCGCGUUGCUUCAGUUGACGCCAAAGAGCGAUUAACGAACAUCAUGGCUUUUCUGAAGGCAGAAACGGAAGGUGAAGAAAGAAUUAAUUUGGCCAUGUCAGGUUUUGGCUUGGGAUCUGAUGAAAAACGCCAACCCUUUAAAAAGAAAGCAAGAGAUUUGCCAACAAAAAGAUUUCCAACAGCGGCAAAUCUAUUGACUACAGAUGUAAAAGAUUUGAAGAAAGUGUGUGUGUUUUGUUCAGGGAAACAUAAAAGUUCAGAUUGCUUUUCCGCUCGAAAUAUGACUUUAGCUGAAAGAGAGAACAUAGUAAGAGAAAGUCAAUGUUGUUUUGCCUGUUUAAUGCAAGGACAUCCAGUUCGUAAGUGCAAAGCUUUUAUAAAAUGUGUCAUAUGCGGUAAAAGACAUGUGGUACUAAUGUGUGAAUCUUUAGCUGCAAAAAAUCGUGAACCCGAUAAAUCUGGGCAGAAAAGUGAAAGUUCUGAAAUAAACAUGUCCAACAUCACGUACGGUCCGAAAGUGUUCCUUCAAACUAUGAAACUAAAGCUGAUAUCUGAUAGAAAAGAAAUUGUGGUGAGAGCAGUUUUAGAUUCUGGAUCACAAAGAACAUAUAUUUUAAAAAAUUUGGCUGAAAAGAUGGAAUAUGUUCCCUUGAGAAAAGAAACUCUCAUACACUCUUUGUUUGGUGGUCAUAAAUCAGAUAAAUUUGAACACACGUGUUAUAGAAUUAGAUUAAGGAAUCCAGAGAAUAACUUGACUUGUAACAUGGAAGCUUUAGAUCAAGCAUCUAUUUGUGAUACUAUAACACCUGUUAGCUUUGGACCCUGGUUAAAAGAGCUUGAAGAAAUUAAUAUAAAGUUGUCAGACGUCGGAAAUGAGUCACAACCAGUUCAAAUUCUGCUUGGAGCUGACGUAAUAGGAAAACUUAUGACAGGAAAACGAAGAGUUUUGGCAAGUGGAUUAGUAGCAAUAGAGACACUAUUGGGAUGGACUUUAACAGGGAAAGCACCUGAAAAUGAUUUACCGUCAAGCAACGCAAUGUUGGUUACUUCACUUUUAGUAAAAGAAAUGGAUAUUUCUGAGCUGUGGAGAUUAGAUUCUUUAGGAAUAAAAGAUCCUUCAGAACAAAAAUCUAGAGAGGAACUGCAAGAAGCCUCAAUGGAACAUUUCUUAAAUACAGUGAAAGUUGAAGGAGAUGGCCGUUUUAUAGUUAGUCUGCCAUGGCUUGAUGGGCAUUUGCCUUUGCCAGAUAAUUAUGAUUUGGCGUUAAAGAGAUUGCAAAUGACAACACGCAAGUUGAAAACCGACAAAUUGUAUGAUGCCUAUGGAGAAGUGUUCAAGGACUGGGAGAAAGAGGAAAUAAUUGAAGAGGUUCCAAAAGAAGACAUGGGGAUACCUUGUCAUUACUUACCUCAUCGACCUGUGAUAAAGGAGAGCAGCACAACUAAAAUCAGGCCCGUGUUCAAUGCUUCUUCUAAGAGAAAAGGAGUUCCUAGUUUAAAUGAUUGUGUAGAAAAAGGGUUAAAUUUGAUAGAAGUAAUUCCCUCAAUGAUAAAUAAAUUUCGGAGAUAUCAAUUUGGCGUAACAGCUGAUAUACGUAAGGCUUUUUUGCAAAUAAGUCUUUAUGAAAAUGAUAGAAAUUUCUUGCGAUUCUUAUGGUAUGGAGAAGAUGGACAGCUGAAACAUUUUCGUCAUCGAAGAGUUGUGUUUGGCGUUUCUUGUAGUCCGUUUUUGCUAGGAGCCACUAUUCAAUACCAUUUGAAUAAUAAACUAGAAGAAGCAAUGGGAGGGAAUGAAAAAUACCCUAAAGAGAUUAUACAGGAACUAAUAUGCAGUUUUUAUGUAGAUAAUUGCCUCACAAGCGUGAAAACUGAAUCAGAGCUGAAACAAUUUAUAGAAGUUGCUACUAAUAUUAUGGCUGAAAGACAAUUUGAUUUACGAGGGUGGGAGUCUACUAACCCAUCAGAACCUAAUUCUAGUGAGACCAAUAUUCUGGGAAUGAAGUGGAAUAGACAAAGUGAUACUCUGUUAAUUAAUAUUCCUGAUAUGAAAGACACAAAACAUGAAAAAAUCACCAAAAGAAGCAUUUUAGCUGCCUCACACAGAGUUUUUGAUCCUAUGGGGAUAACUAGCCCGGUAUCGCUACGACCAAAAUUAUGGUUACAAAAUUUGUGGAAAGCUAAAAUUGGUUGGGACGAUGAAGUUGACACAAAAACACGAGAAGAUUUUACAAAGUGGCUAAGUCAGCUUGAAUAUCUGAAGCACAUAGAAAUCCCAAGGUGGUUACAUUGUGACAAAGGUUACGAACGCAUUUCAUUACAUUUCUUUUGUGAUGCCAGUAAAUUUGCGUAUUCCACAGUAGUUUUCCUGAGAAUAGAAGAUGAAAGCAAUGUUCAAGUUCACCUGAUACAGAGUAAAGCAAGAAUCGCACCUAGCGGGAAAAAGGAAACAACGAUUGCUCGACUUGAACUUCUUGGUGCCACAAUUGCAGCUCGUCUAUCUAUUGAAAUAGUAAAACAGUUUCAGACGGACAAAGUUCAUUUCUGGACAGACUCAACAACUGUAUUAGCUUGGCUUAAAAGAGAAGACACAUGGGGUGUAUUUGUGGAAAAUCGAGUUCAAGAAAUCAGGAAAUUGACUCCAGUAAAAGCAUGGAGGCAUUUGCCCGGAUCUAUGAAUCCCGCAGACUUACCAAGUAGAGGUUGCUCUGCUCAACAACUUGGCAAUUCGAAGUGGUGGGAGGGCCCCAGCUGGCUAUAUCUUUCCCACACGCAAUGGCCUGCAGCAGCUGACGAAAUUUCCGUUAAUGAAGAGGAAGUAAAUUUGGAAAAAAGAAAACAAGUAGUUAUUUCCAUGGUAAAUAUUGAAGUAACGGAAAUAUGGUGUAAUUACUUUUCAACAUAUAGCAGAAAUGUAAGAGUAGUAGCUUGGAUCCUACGUUUUGUCCACAACGUUUCACAUCAGGAUAAGUUGAAGGGAAAUUUAAUCUGUGAGGAGUUAACAAAGGCAGAAAGUGUGAUUUUUAAGUCAAUGCAAACAACGCAUUUCCAAGAUGAUAAAUUUCUCGCCAAAAUACAAGCUUUUCGAGAUAAAAGUGAUAUUCUGAGAGUAAAGACCAAACUGGUACAUAGUGAUGAGAAUGAGAAUUUCAGAUGUCCAAUCCUUUUACCUGCUAACAGUGUUGUGUUAGAAUUAAUCCGUGAAGAGCAUAUAAAAGCGAUGCAUGCAGGUCGUUCCAUCUUACUCUCAAGACUCAGAGAGCGAUACUGGAUUCUUAAAGCUAAAAAGUUAGUAAAUAAAGUUAUUUCCAAGUGUGUGAUUUGUAAGCGUCAUCAAGCUAAACCAGUAGAAGUUCCGUUUGCGCCCCUUCCAAGAGAAAGAGUUACUCAGACAAAAGUUUUCCAAGUGUCUGGUGUGGACUAUGCCGGUCCUCUGUAUCUAAAAUCGAAUGAAAAAGCUUGGAUCGUUUUGUUUACCUGUGCUGUGUACCGAGCAGUUCACUUUGAAUUAGUACGGUCUCUCACUACAGAUGCUUUCAUUCAAGCAUUCAGACGAUUUAUCGCAAGAAGAGGUAGAAUAUCGGUCAUUUACUCGGAUAAUGGAAAGAACUUUGUAGGAGCAAACAAUUAUUUAAAGAAUUUAGAUUGGGACAAGAUUGCUGUGUACUCAACCGCUCAGAAAAUAAUUUGGAAAUUUAUUCCACCCACAGCAGCAUGGUGGGGUGGAUGGUGGGAGCGGAUAGUUGGAAUGCUUAAGACUCUUCUGCGUCGUGUGUUAGGUAAAUCUGUUGUGGAUUAUGAAGAACUAACUACAAUUUUAUGUGACUGUGAAUCGGUUAUAAAUAGCAGACCAUUGACCUACAUUCACGAUAAUCCAUCUGAAUUAGUACCUUUAACUCCGGCAACAUUUAUAUACGGGGAAGGUAGCAACAGCAACGAAACUCCCGAUCUAGACCUUGUGAAUCGAACCUCUAUGUUGAAACGUGUAAAAUUUUUGCAAAAAUUACGUGAAGAUCUCAAACAAAGAUUUAGAAAUGAAUAUCUUGCUCAGCUAGUGCACAAGGGAAUAAGAAGGAAUGAUGUAAUAAAUAUCGGUGAUAUUGUUUUAAUAGGACAAGAUAAUGCUCGACUCAUAUAUUGGCCUCUUGGAAUUGUCUUGGAGCUUUAUCCUGGAAAGGACAGUAUUCCUAGAGUAGCCAGAUUAAGAACCUCUCAAGGGGAAAGGAUCCGACCUUUCCAAAGACUUUAUCCUUUAGAGCUAUCAGCAAAGAACGAUGUGGAUGUUCUGGAAAAGUCUUCAAAGAAAAUUAACUUUGAAGUUGAUAAUAUUCCCAAUUCCGUUGAUGUGCCUGAUAAUUUGGAAGUGAAUUCGCUUAUCAAAGGCAGAUUGGGAAGAAUCAUAAAAAUUCCACAACGUUUAGAUUUAUAA